AUGGAUACUUCGAGAUGUUUUCCUUGGGUAAAGUCGCAAAAGCCUCGGCCGUAUAACUUCAACACCGAUGAUGUGCUCCCGGUUCAUUCAUCUGACGAUAGAUCUUUAUACCGAAAGGUCUUGCUCAGUUGGACUCUCCAUUUUGACGAUGUCCUUGACACUGAGAUGCUGCAAAACUCACUUAGCCUCCUUCUGAAAACAAGCAACUGGCGGAAACUCGGCGGUAGGCUGCGGCAGACGGCCGACGGGAAGCUGGUUUUGCACAUACCAAAAGAGUUCACGCCCGAGAGACCGGCAGUCCGAUUCUCUCACCAGUCCUUCGGCACUUCCAUCGAUCAACACCCUCUUGCUCGUCAACUACCAAGGGCAACCGAGAAUCGUCCAUCCAAACACUUGGGCCCAAAGACAUUUCGGUUGUUCAGUGCACGUCCAGAUGCCCCAACUAAACUUCAAGACCUGCUACGUGGCGAUGAGCCGCAACUAUCGGUUCAUAUCACGUCCUUCAGCGACGCAACACUUGUCGGCCUGCGAUGGCCCCAUACAAUGACAGGGGCAAUUGGGUUGUCCGCGUUGAUGAAUGCGUGGUCACUCGCACUCGCUGGUCGAUGGAGUGAAGUUCCUCAGCUUCAGGGCGUGCAUGAGGAUCUGUUGGAUGAGGCUGAUGCGCGGUUUGAUCCGGAUCAAGAACCAUAUUCCCUAGCACAAGCACAACUAAAGGGGCUUAAGCUAUUGCGAUUUGGUUUACGAUUCUUCUUCAGGACUUGCUUUCGUCGGAAAAAGGAGCUUGGGAUGCUUUACUUGCCAGCUUCUUUCGUCUCAAAGCUCCGCCAAGAAGCAUUCAACGACCUCAAAUCAUCUUCCAGUGAACCAGUGUUUGUCAGCGACGGCGACGUUCUUUGCUCCUGGGCUACGCGAAUGAUGGCUCGUCAGCAGGGAAAGCAGCGACCUGUUCUAGUUCUGAACAUUUUCGAUAUCCAAUCCCGCCUCAAGUCAAUCUUCAGGCCGGAGCAUGCGUACGUUCAGAACACAGCUUUCGGGUCUUUGUCGAUAUUCAGGUCAGGCGAAGUCUCCAGUACCUCGUUCGGAAAAACCGCCUUCAGGAUUCGCGAGGACUUGAUCCAGCAGUCCACCGAAGAGCAGAUUCUCGCCCAGUUACACCUUUCCAGAGACGCCGAAAAGCUUGGCCAUCCACUCAUCUUUGGAGAGCCGAAAUCUCUUCUUCUUAUGAUUAGCAACUGGACUAAAGCCAACUUUUUCGAAGUCAUUGACUUUUCCCCCGCAAUAGUAGAAGGAAAAGGGAUCACGAAAGCGGGAUCCCUGAGGCAGGGGAAAAUAGUUUAUCACCAUUCCGAGGCUCUAGCCCAGAGCCCUAUGGCUACCAACGUAUUUGUUAUUCUGGGAAAAGACCAAGAGGGUAAUUAUUGGGUUGCGUCGUCGCUCUCGCCUGACAGCUUAAUAGAUGUAGAAGAUGCCGCUAAGCGAGAGUAA